AUUUCCGUCGAAUAUUCCAUUACAUCUCCCUCCUCCUCAUAUACUCACCACUUUCUCUCCGUCUCUCUCAAAAACAGGCUUCUCUAAGCCAUCCGUCGCAUUCUCCGGCCCUUUUUUGUAUCAGAUUCCGACCAUCCUCAUUGUUAUUCCGAUUCAUCUGAUCAAGAUUUCUGUGUGUCUCAGAGAUGAAGUUUGGGAAAAGUUUGAGUAAUCAGAUUGAAGAAACAUUGCCAGAAUGGGGAGAUAAAUUCUUGUCAUACAAAGAAUUGAAGAAAAGAUUGAAACUAAUUGAUCCAAAAGUUGGAGAAAGAUCUAGUAAUAAGAGAUUGAGAGCUGUUGAUGAUGAUGAAGAGUUUUCUAUUGUUACUGAAGAUGAAUUGAAAGGAAUGACGAGAGAAGAAAUUGAUUUCAUUAGGUUAUUGGAAGCUGAACUUGAGAAAUUUAAUUGGUUUUUCGUUGAUAAAGAAGAAGAGUAUAUCAUCCGAUUAAAGGAGUUGCAGGAUAGAGUUGCGAAAGCAAAGGAAUCUUCGAAUGAAGACUUGAUUAAGGCAAGAAAGGAAAUUGUGGAUUUUCAUGGAGAGAUGGUUUUAUUAGAGAAUUACAGUGCCCUUAACUAUACAGGUUUGGUGAAGAUACUGAAGAAGUACGACAAGAGAACUGGUGCUGUUAUUCGUCUGCCUUUCAUCCAAAGGGUCUUGCAACAACCCUUUGUCACCACCGACUUGCUUAACAAACUAGUUAAAGAAUGUGAAAUGAUUCUGGAUGACCUCUUCUGCAUAGCCGAUCCGCCGUCAGUCACAAGCAACGCAGUCGACGGGCACGUCGUCUGUGCUACUAGACCUGUUGCUGAUAAAGAAAGCCUGCUUAAAGGAGGACCAAAUGAACUUGCAGAGAUUGAAUACAUGGAGAGCUUAUACAUGAAGAGCACUUUAUCAGCACUGCGUUCAUUGAGGGAGAUAAGAAGCGGAAGCUCGACUGUUAGUGUUUUCUCCUUGCCACCGAUGAAGAAUAUUGGUUCAGAAGAGAGUUGAAGGAAUUCGUUUUUUAUGUUUUCUCAACGACAAAGCAGCAACAGGCAAGUAGUGAGUGAUGUGUGUGUAAGGUAGAAAAAUGUAUAUGUGGGUUGGAGAGGAUGACCUUAUUUUAACAAUUUCUUUUUUUUCUUCUGUUUCUUGGUUGAAGAGAGAAAGUGAUAAAAGGGACGGAGAAUAAGAACCUUUAUCAUCUAAUGGAGCAAACCCUUCUCCAAGUCCAUUUUUAACAUUUGAUAAAGAAAAUAAAGGAAAAUGAUUUUUAGUAGGU